UCAAUUACUUUUCAGAUGCGAGGUAAUUCAACUUAUGUUCAAGCGUCAAAUAUAUUCAGUCAUCAAUUCAUUAAUUGUACAUGGCUGAUACAGAAUUACUUGGCUUGUAUUCAUUCAAAACAUUUCUGUAAUCACAAGUGCAUCCAUUAUUCAUCUGCUUCAGCUGACUGCAACGAUCGAACCACUAACGGCGUCACAGACUGUCCUCAGAAGGCACACUUAUGUAACAGCACGUUGUAUUACGACUAUAUGUCAGAGCAAUGUCCAAAAACUUGUAACCGCUGCCCACCUAUCAGUGAGCAUUUUUUUACUUGUCUCUGCUUUUAUAAUCUUAAUGUUGAUAUGAGGUCUGAUUUUGCUAUCGGACCAAUAUCACCAUGUAAGGACAAAGUUGGAGCAAACGGGACCAGUAACUGCGUCCAGAAUGCAGCACUUUGUUUCCAAGAGGCAUAUCGGAGUUUCAUGGCCGUUGAGUGUCCAAAAACAUGUGGACUCUGCUGA